AAGUCUCCAUAGUCACUCAAUUUCAAGAUGGCCGAAGUCUACAAGUUGCCUGGUCAUAGAGUCGACGUCAAGCUCUGUGUCUUCGAUCAUGAGAUUCAUUGCCAUUCAUUGAUGCUGAAGCUUGGUUCGGCUUAUUUCAGAAAAUUCCUCGACUCAGCAGACAAAACCCCAGCUCCUGCGAAUGCAACUUUCAGUUACGAAUAUGUUACCAUUCAAGAUACCCCUGAAGAUGUUCCAGGCCUUGAAGUCGCAUCCAAGGUUGAGGGCAGAGGUGAUAAGCCUGUCGACACUGGAUCCGAUAAUUGGUACAUUGCUGUUAAACAUAUGAUUGAUUGUAUGUACGGGAAAUCCUUCACACUCGCCAGUUUCGACGAUAUCAACUUUUUGGCCAAGGUUGCAGAUUUUUAUGGUGCGCUGCCAGUCGUUUCAAGGACAUUGGAUACAGUGUUUUUCCGAAGCCCGAACUUCAUCGAGCGAAUACCCGAGAAUGCUGGUUCUCUUUUGAAGAUUUCCUGCCAACUCAGAAAUCAAACUCUGUACAAGGAAUGCAUGAUUCAUGUUGCUGGUCGGUGGAAAAGCAACCCUUGCAUACCAGAAGAUGAUAUGGAUCUUCGUAUCCGAGUUCUCAUUGCAUAUGGAAGCGUUUGCCAAAAGCUUGUCACAGCAAAUCAAAAUUUGAUCAGAUUGGUUGCAGAUGAGUAUAUGGAUAAAAAGGUCCAUGAAGAGCUACGUUCUAUGGCGCUCAACUAUAGCUGGUCGCUAGCCCUUUACUAUCGACAAUUCUACGAUAAACACUACAGUCAGGAUAUCGAUCAGGUUCUGACUAAAAUAUUGUCUAGUAAUCUAAUCCUUGAUCCUUCUAAGCUUGGAGCAGGCCAAGGAAAGUUCCAAAAUUAUUUCCUUUGCGCGGAAAUCACAGACAAGGAACUCCCAUGGGAUAGGGAGGAAGAAGACUGGUAGAGCUUCGGAUUCCAGUUGUCGCAAUCGGCUGUCAAGCUUAUCACUUUCAUGGUUCCUGGAUUUCAGUGUCAGAUGAGAAUUUCCAAAGCUCGGUAUGGCUUGUACCACGAUAUUUCAAUUGCCAAGAUGCCUGUACCCUCAACUGAUACACGCUAGUGUCUUUCUCCAACAUUUUUAUGCAGUAGUUCACGAAUGCAGGCUAGUUACUCACAUGUUGCAACGACAGGAUGGAAGUGGUAUCUAGGCUGAUACUUUCUCAUGAGAUUUUUGCGAAUGUAGUUUGGGGUUCUCGACAGACAAUGUCUUACAAUUGCAAAACAAUUUCAAUGAUGUUACACGGCUCAAGACGGCUUCUGCUAGUGGUAGAGUGAAUUAAUCUCCAAGCAUUAUGAAUUAUAUGUGCUUUGAC